AUGACCAUCAAAAACUUUUCAAUUGAAUAUGAUGCCAUCAACAGCAAAAACACCUUUACAAAUGGAGAUACCAUUAAUGGAAGAAUCAUCGUGGAGGUUUCUAAGGAAACUAGAAUCCAAUCACUUGUUUUUACAGCAAAAGGAGAAGCUCGGGUCAGAUGGACUGAACAUUAUGGACAAAAUCAAUAUCGAGUGUACUGGGCCGACGAGAAAUACUAUGAUGUCAAACAUCAGAUCUUGAGAGAGGCAAGACAAGAUGGCACUGAGGUCAUUGGUAAAGGAAGACAUGUAUUUCCUUUUACCUUCACGAUUCCUGACAGGAAAAUCCCAUCCUCUUUCAAAACCUGCAUAGGCAAUAUUGUACAUAAAUUGAAGGCAGAGCUUAAACAAUCAAUGAAGCUGACAAAAGAGGCGAAAACCCACUUCACAUUUGUGUCCAAAGCAAACAUGGAUAUUCCCGGACUUAUGGAUCCUCAGCAUGGGUGCAAGGAUAAAUCUGUCAAAGUUUUUGGCUCUGGAAACAUUUCAAUGGAAGUUCACACCCAGCGGAUGGGAUACAAGCAAGGCGAGGCUCUCAAAGUCACGGUUGAAGUCAGCAACCAGUCAACUCGUUCAGUGAAGCCCAAAUUCAUACUGUAUGAGAAGACAAGUUUCUUCGCCCAGGGUCGCAGGAGAGUUUCCACAAAUGAGAUCCUUAAGGAGAAGAUUGACUCCAUUGCAUCAUCUGGGAAAGAGACCGUGACCAAGGUGAUCACCAUCCCCAGGGAACUACCUCCCUCCAUCUUGAACUGCUCCAUCCUCAAGCAGGAGUACAGGCUGAAGAUCCAACUAGAUAUCAAAUACGCUCCGGACCCAGAGAUCAAACUCCCUAUAGUCGUCCUUCCUUCCUUUGAGGUCUCUGCUAUGGAAAAAACACCUGCUGGUUUAGGAUUUGAAGCGUUUGGGAACCAGGACCAAGUGCCCUGGAGCAUGACGCCUCAACCACAACCAGCACCCAGACCUGUGGAUCCCCCACCUCCCUAUGCAGCAUAUGCAAUGUACCCUUCUAGCAACUAUGCGGGUGAUCUGUAA